UGUGUGUCUGUGUUGUUGUUCGGCGGCAGCGGCGGCGGCGGUAAGAUGGCUGCCCACGGGGGCUCCGCGGCGUCGUCGGCGCUGAAGGGGUUAAUUCAGCAGUUCACCGCCAUCACCGUGUAUAGGACUGGCCAGAGGAAAAAUUUGAUAUCUUCAUUCCAGCUGUUUGGUGUCUCUAUCCUCAGGUGCAAGCGAAAGUGUAGGGAAACAUAUGCUUGAAGCCUGCAACAAUAAUCUGGAGAUGGCAGUCACUAUGUUUUUGGAUGGUGGAGGAAUUGCUGAAGAGCCCAGUACCAGUUCAGCAAGUGUCUCCACAGUGAGACCACACACAGAAGAAGAAGUUCGUGCCCCAAUUCCUCAAAAACAGGAAAUAUUGGUGGAACCAGAACCUUUGUUUGGUGCUCCUAAAAGACGACGGCCUGCACGUUCAAUAUUUGAUGGCUUCCGAGAUUUUCAAACUGAAACUAUUCGGCAAGAACAGGAAUUAAGAAACGGAGGAGCAAUUGAUAAGAAACUAACUACCCUUGCAGAUCUCUUCCGGCCACCCAUUGACUUGAUGCAUAAAGGGAGCUUUGAAACAGCCAAAGAGUGUGGCCAGAUGCAAAAUAAGUGGCUAAUGAUAAACAUUCAAAAUGUACAAGACUUUGCAUGCCAGUGCCUCAAUCGUGAUGUAUGGAGCAAUGAAGCUGUGAAGAAUAUUAUCCGGGAACAUUUCAUUUUCUGGCAGGUUUAUCAUGACAGUGAGGAAGGUCAGAGAUACAUACAGUUUUAUAAGCUGGGGGAUUUCCCCUAUGUUUCCAUCCUGGAUCCACGAACAGGUCAGAAGCUAGUAGAGUGGCACCAGUUAGAUGUGUCUUCUUUCUUGGAUCAAGUGACAGGAUUUCUGGGUGAACAUGGGCAACUGGAUGGACUUUCUAGCAGUCCCCCCAAAAAAUGUGCCCGUUCAGAGAGCCUUAUAGAUGCAAGUGAAGACAGCCAGCUAGAAGCUGCCAUCAGAGCCUCCUUGCAAGAAACACACUUUGAUUCAACACAGACAAAACAGGAUAGCCGCUCAGAUGAAGAAUCUGAAUCUGAACUUUUUUCUGGCAGUGAGGAGUUCAUAUCCGUUUGUGGCUCUGAUGAAGAAGAGGAGAUAGAGAAUCUUGCCAAGUCCAGAAAAUCUCCCCACAAAGAUUUGGGGCAUAGAAAAGAGGAGAAUAGAAGGCCUCUGACUGAACCCCCAGCCAGAACUGAGCCUGGAGCAGCCACAAACCACCAAGGAUUGCCAGCCGUGGAUUCAGAAAUACUGGAAAUGUCACCUGAAAAACCAGAUGGAAUAGUGGAGGGCAUAGAUGUAAAUGGACCAAAAGCACAGCUAAUGUUGCGGUAUCCAGAUGGAAAAAGGGAACAGAUCACUCUUCCAGAGCAAGCUAAACUGUUGGCUUUGGUGAAGCAUGUCCAGUCCAAAGGAUACCCAAAUGAACGUUUUGAACUUCUCACCAACUUCCCUCGAAGGAAACUCUCUCAUCUGGACUAUGACAUUACAUUACAGGAGGCAGGCCUUUGUCCUCAAGAGACUGUCUUUGUACAGGAAAGAAAUUAACAUCAUGGCCUGACCUCUCUCAGCUUACCCCUUUUUUCCCUUUCCUGUGAGAUACCGUGUCACUAAGUAUGCAUUUUGGCUCAUAGGACCAUAGAGCCAAAGUUGGGCAAGCAAGUCACCUGCCUUCUCUUUUAUUUCUUGCUCUCUCCUACGUUCAGUCUCUUUUCCCUCCUUCCCCCACCUUUUCAGUCCUCUUCUGUUUUCUUCUUUUUCCUACUAUUCUUUCUUUCUUACCUAAUCUGGUGACCAAAUGGAAGUGUAAGGAUUAGACCUCCUAGUACUGGCAGCAGGAAAUGUGUGUUCCAAUAAGUGGUCUCUUGCACGGCACUUUUUUGGGAUCAAACGAUGAUGUUACUCCUCAGACUCCUUUGGUAAAGGAAUGGCUAGAUUCAGAAUAAGAACAACCUCCCUUUUUUGUAAGCCCCAUUUUUGGUAGGGAAAAGAAAUUCUAUAACACAUGUUUUGUUUUGUUGUUCAUGUAAGAAAUAUCACGUGACAAAAAUAUCUAGGUCUGUUUACAUGGAAAAAGCAUCCCUUAUAAUUAUUGCUCAUCGUACUUAAAAUUUUUUUCAAUGGAUUCCCAUGUUCCCAGCUAGAAUUAUUUCCAUGGUAUGUGUUAUUGGCAGAAUGGGUGUUAAGUGUAGAGUGAGUAGUGUGGGGUGGCUUUCAGUAUCCUAGCCUGAAACAGCUUUCUUCAUUAUUACUUUAUAAACUCUAUUGAUCCUGCUAGUCCUGAAAUGGACAUUUAGUGAGGCUAUUGUGGUGAUUGGGAUAGGAAGGUAUUUGCUGUUUUUGCCAGUACAGCAUAUUAGUUCCUUUGGCCCUUCCAUUGUUUGGGUCCACAGGUGAUCUAUGGGAAGGCAGCUGUUCAAUAAUCAUGCAGUACAAUGGCUUGUAGUUGUAACCACUGUGGUUACUGAUUGUCCUAUGUGUUUUAAGGCAUACUUAUGUAUGUCCUGGGGGGAAAAAAGAAGAAGAUGCAGCUGAGAGUUGCUAACCAUGUUCCUACGGUUAGAAAGAAUGAUUCAUUUUUUUACCCCUGGUUGGAAUAGUUUCUAAAAGGCUCUGGUGAGUGAAUGAACUUAAUUCCUCUACUGUUUUCUUGCAAAAGAUAUCAAAACUGAAAGCCUCUGUAAGGGGAAGACUAAAUUCAGUUUAUAAAACAACAUUUAGUAAGGGAGGUAGAAAAGAUUAUCAGCAAUCUUCAGAUGAUAAUGGGCUUUUUCUGCCAACAAAGCCACAAACAAAAUGUAGUUGGUGAAAGCUUUUUUCAGUAUUAUUUAGAAGAAGCCAUCCUGAAUCUAUAUAAUACUGUUUGACUUAUCACCUUCACUGUAUGCCCAAUUCUUGUUUCGAGCUUUAAAUAGAGUCCUCUGAAGGGGUAGUAAUGAUCCUGGUGGCAAAAAUCAGAACUUUAACCUUGUGAUAUAGAAUGGGCCUAUUUUGUCAGUUGGGGAUUUGGAUCAGUUGAUUCUUCUACUUGAGGAGCAUAAAUUGCUAUUGCUCAGAGACCUUUAUGUUCCCAUCUACUUUAAGAUCAUUCUCUUGGCAACUAGGGGAUUUAAAAAAAAAGAUGGUUAUGUGUUCCUAGUACACAAUUAGAGAAUAUGGUUCUAAUGGUUGGAUUUAGAGGGACCCUUCCUAAAGAAUUUUUUCCUCAAGGAAAUCAUGGAAAAUUCUGUUUAUUCUUCAGUGAGUCCUUUUGAAUUAAUGUUUUUACAUUUUUUUCUAAGUCUGUGUAAGUGCUUAUGUAUAAGUAUAUAAUUGUAUAAAUAUUUAUAAAUAUAUUUAUAUAAUUACAAUUUCAUUUAUACCUUGAGUCAAAGUUCUCUCUUUAGAUUGGUGACUGAAUAAUACCAUUUUGGUGUUUUUUCAUAGGCUCUCGAGUAACUAGCAGCUUCUGAUUUAUUGAGGAAACAUGGUUUUCAUGUUAAUUCCUCAAUUGUAUCUCUGAACUUGGAUAAUAUACUUGCUAUCUGAGGAAUAGAGCUUAUAAACUAGCAAAGGUGCAGUAGAGGGUUAAAAAACUGUUGGUAGUAGACAAGGUCAAAAAUCUAAAAUUUCAGGGAGGCACAGGGUAAGAACUGAGGGUAUGCCCAGCUUUGGUGCUCUGAUGGCACCUAUCUCCACUCUCAGCAGAGUCACAGCUAAAGCCCAAAUCUGUCAAAAAUGUGAAGUCAAGAAUUUUCCCUGUGGGACUCUUUCAUUCUUUCACUUACCAACUUCUCUUUAUAAAACAUAUCUCAAGAACCUGAGACAUGUUCAUUGAUGAUAGGAUGUAGUUCUACCUUUUUGAUGUCAGCCGUGGCAUAUCCAUUUCUGAGAAACCAAAGUGACUUUUUCAACUUGGAUUACUGUGAGAUGACCAAGUAUAUAUAAAAUGAUUUAAGUAAGCAUAUCAAAGACUUAGGGCAUGAGAUACUGAUCCAACUUAGAUACAGCUGGUGUGUUUAGAGUACAAGAUGUAGAGGAUUUUAUUUUAUUUUGAGGCAGAAGUGUAAUUAUCCUGGGCUUGCUAUCGAGGCCUGUGGGGGAGGGAUUACGGAUUGUACACGGGAAGAGUAAAUACGGAGAAUUGCUUCACUCAUGAACUUAAUUCACUAAAGAAGUAAGCUUCCUCCAGUUUGUCAUAUUUUCUCUGCAAAUUCCUCUGCUCUGUGGAGGAGAGAUUUUAAAUGAGCUAGUAAGACUGGUUAAAAAUAGUCAUUCCUUGUAGUUAUUGGAAACAGCUGGAAAGAAAAGGUAGGGAGGAAAAGGACAAGAUAGACUAUGAGAGUGACAAACAAAUACAGGGAGAUGGAAUGAAAACUAGCAGGGGAAAAAAGUGAUAGAAAACACGUUUUGAAUUUGAUUUAGAAAAGAACCAGAGAAGAGAGGGAACAGCCAAAUGGUGAAAGAAUGGGGAACUAAUUUUGAGUAACUAGCAUGUGCUAGGUAUUUCCUGUACAUUUUUUCCUUUAAUCUUCCAAAGAACUCUGCAAAAUGUAAAUUCUAUAUUCUCCCCAUUUUGUAGGUAGGACAAAAUUAAAGUUUAGAGAACCUGUUCAGGAUGUCACAGCUAGUAAUUUGCAAAAUCAAAAUUGGGAUCCAGAGUCCAUGCUUUUUUCACUCCCUUGCUGUUGUCUCCUACAAGGGAAUCAGUUUACCCAAAAGGUUAUCUUCCUGUUAUUUGGCUCUGUAAAUUAUAAUUUGUUUUCGUUUCCUUAAGGCUUGUGGGAUUUGUGCUAUAUCUAUAAAUCCUUAUUUACACCACUGUUUUGAGGGACUGAUUAUUGCUUUUUUAAAAAAUGAUGCACUGAUGAAAAUGUGAAAGAGAAAUAUGUGGCAUUAUUUGCCAAGAAUAAAUGGAAAGGAUAAAAAAUAAUUUUAUCUUUUUUUAACCAUUUUUGGGAAAAGAUAUAGUUAUCUUGUCUUUGUCCCACCCAUACCAGAUUGUUGAACUCUCUGUGUGUAUGUUUUUAGAUCUCCUAUAACAUUUUACUUCCUCGACUCUAGAAAGUCGACGAGUAUAUAUUGAGUCCCUUAAUCAAGGUUGGAAAUAUAUGAAGUCUAAUACCUGAUUUCUUCUGUUUUGUCCAGUUGGAAAGAUAGACUACACAUGAGAUAAUCGAAGAACAUGUAAAUGCUUACCUUUCUGGUGCUGAACUAUAAAUUAAAAUAAAAGUUUAGAAAGGGGAAAGACUUGUGUAGGCUUUCAUUAGGCAAGCCCACUAAAUAAAUAAAUAAAUAAAUAAAUAAAUAAAUAGAAAACUGAAAAGUGGCACAAACACUGUAGCUCAAAGUUUUUGACUUACCUGUAUUCAUUCUUCAGUUCCACCUUUUGUAACUACUAGACUUGGGGCAUGAUGUUUAUCAGUAAGGUUACACCCAGCACCCAAGUAGGGAAGGAUUAUUGAUCCUAGGACUAAGAUUUAGCUAGCAAGGAUCUCACUUGGACACUUAGGAAGAUACCAGAGGAAGCUACUAGCAAGUGGAAAGUGAAGGAAAGAUUUAAUUUCUCUCCCCAGGUACAAAUCAGAUGUAUAAAGGGGCAUUAUAUGUAGGUAUAAGUACUCUUGGGUAACAGCUCUGCUAGUAAUAGAGAAUUGGGCUAGAUCAAUAGUUCUCAGUCUUUUCAAGUAAAAGGGAUUAAAAUAUUAAAAUUUGGCAAGAGUAAGGAGUUGUGGUUAAAUAUUAAUAACAUUAAGUCCAUAGAUGAAGAAAAUAUAGAUGUGCAUAUGGAAUUGCAGACCCUUUGCAAAAACUCUAGGAACCCACAGAUUGUAGACCACCAAAUUAGAUUAUCUUUGAAGUCCUUUCCACUCUAAAAUUUUAUUCUUCUAGUUUCUCCUCUUUAUAUUAUCCCUAGGCUAAUUAAAAAUUUUCUUGUUAAUCGGUUCCUGUGCUUUUUAAUCUGUGUCCACAUUUUAUUUGCCCAGUAACUUAAUCUAAGCUCACUGUGAUAACUAAAAUCUCCAAAAAGGAGAGUAUAAUAGUUCUAGAUCUAGUAAUGAUCUUUUAAAUACAGUUCAUUAAUUUUAAAAACUUCAUGCUGUGUUUCUCCCAUCCAAGUACUAACCAGGCUCGACCCUGCUUAGCUUCCGAGAUCAGAUGAGAUUGGGCGCGUUAAGGGUGGUAUGGCCGUAGAACAUGCUUUGUUUCUAAUCGGUGUUAAGUAUAACUAAAAUGUAAUCAAUGAGAACCAAGUAUUUCAUUGACACCAGAGUUAAAUUUUAUUUUUACCUGUGUGCUUAAACAAAGCACUUUAUUGGCUGAGCAAUUGUUAGGAAAUUGAUUUAUAGAAGUUGUAGAAUUCACACUUGGUUUUGGCAGAAACAACUUUUUUCAAGAUUCAGUUAAGCUGACUUUCAAAAAUACUACUUCUUUCCCGAGUGUAUCUCCAUUAUGUCAUUCAUAUUCUCUCUCUCUCUCUCUGGCCUUCUUUCACUUAACUACUUAAUAGUAAAUCAUAGGAUACAGGUUGAUGAAAAAGUGAUGCCUUGUGUAAAACUAAAUGAGGGUAGGAAGAACCAACCCUUCUGAUGAACAUGGCAGUUUUCCAAUAUUACAAGCCUUGAUGAAAAGGCUACUUAAAGACAGCUGUGUCCUAUGAAUAUUCAACUUCAUUGAUUUGCCUUGCUUUGACUUGGAACUUGGUAUUGCAUUGUACACAGUUUAGAGUAGUGGCGAGAAUAUUCUUCCGUGCAGAAAAUAACCAACAGAACACCACAGCACUAUCUUGAUCUCCUGUUCUAUAGAAAUUUAGUAGUUCAGUGAUGGUUAUUUUGGUCUUUGACUCAACUGUGUACCAACACUGCUAAAGAGACCGCUUAGAAUCAAGAAUAUUUUUUAUAGAGAUUACGAUACCCCUUGAUAGUUUUCCCAUAAAAUGAACUUGUGAUUAAAUUAUCGGAUGUGAUGAUGAGACCAUUAAUUAGAAAAUCUUUCCAUCCUACUUUCUCUCUUACUUUGCCACUCUCUAUUCUUAAUUCUUUUGGACAUUCAUUCACUGAAUAUUGGUCAUGAUUUUUAAUGAAAUUAGCUAUGUUUAAGAAAUUCCAUUGCUAAGUUUGAAUAUUUAACAUUUAAAAAUUUUUUCAUUAGUAUAUAAGAGAACAAUUUGAAGCAAUGUUUUUAUAGCUCAUUUGCUCUCUCUACCUAAAAAUUCUUUUACUCUGAAUACAGACUUGCUAGCACCGUGAUACCCCUUCCCUUUCUUUGGCCUGCAGAAUGCUGUUGAACUAUGUAGAAUCUCAGUCAUUCUCAUAAACAUAAUUGUUGGUUCAAGCCUUUCUUUGCCAUAUGGUCUCCAAGUAGAGUUGGCCAAUCCAAUAUGAACUACUUCAAUAAAAUGAUUUAACAUUUCUGAAAAGUAUUUUCAAGAGAUGGCCAGAUUUACUUGGAUUAGAGAUACAAAUACCAAUGGUAGUAUUUUGCCCAAGAACAGUCCCACAUUAAUCUCUAAAUACAGGAGGUUGCCUUGUUGUACUUAACUCACUGGCCACAAACAGCAAAUUUUUGUGGUUUGCUUAUUGAUAUUUCCUAUAUAGAGAUCAAAAUGCCCUGAGAUUUUAUAUCCCUUACAGGGUCACUUAAGUUUCCAAAUAGGAUGAAUAGUCCGGCUACAUGGGACUGAACAUUAAAAUUUUAUCUGUAUCAAAGCAAGUCUAAUUGGGCUACCAUGAAUCAUUCAUUUAUAAGAUGUGGUAAAUAAAAUGGGAAGCAUUUCAAAUCACUGGAUAAUUCUGACCUGGAAUUAUUUUCCUUUUCUUAAAAUUGUUUUUAUUUGCUUUUUGCAUGGACUCAGUAUGAGUAUCUUAACUAAAAAGGGAGAGAUUCUUGAUCUGGAGCUAUUUCCUGCUUUAUUUUUUUCCUUUUGUCAAACUUGCUGGCUUUAGAAGAGUACAGGUCACUAGGGUCUAUUUCAAAUUAGUGACGUUGGAAUGCUGAUGCUCAGUUGGGUAUCUUAAUGUUUUCAACAAAGUGGAUUGAUAGUAUGUUUUUCAGAUUCCUAUGUUCUUAAUAAUGGAAAAUAUCAAUAAAUUAAAUGGUGUGAUUUAAAAUAUUAAAUUAGUUUUUUACCCUAA